AACUGCCUUACCAUCCUAGCACAAAUUCCCUUCAUAUUUCUUGUUUUAAAUUACAAUGUUAAGUGUUUUUUGUUGGGUUUCUGAGGAGACUCUGUCAGGAAAUGUUCUCAAGUAUUUUAAUUUGGUUGAAUUCACAUCAAUUUUUUAUUUUUAACCUGCAAGCAUAGUGCUGUGACGUACGGUUUUGUUCUUCUGUCUAGUCAAGCUCAACAAAACAUACUCAAUGACUUUCUUUUCAAAGGACUUGGCGAGUAAGUUGCAGCAAAUAACGUAGCUGAUACUUCAUCAGUCUCAUCAAUAUAUAAAUUAAAACGUUUAGGUUUAAAUGUAGAGUUUAAAACAUUAAAUGUCCCAACACUAAUUAGGUUCCUAUUAAAGUUGGAACCUCAUUAAAAAGCUUAGGUCCCAACACUGAGCCUUGUGGUACUCCACAAUUAAUGUUUUGAGCUCUGAUAAGUCUUCAAUGAACUGUAAAAAUGCUUUUCUGGUUAAGUAUUCAACAACUUGAGAACUAUGACUCUUUUUCUUUUCCCGUUGUCAUUUUAAUAUAAGCACAAAAAAAAGUAAAUACUCCAUAUUUCUUUAUAACUGCUUAGAUAAACGAAAACUCCAAACUAUUACAUUAAAUCCAGAUAUCAUUUGGGUUUUUUUCUGAUUCUCAUCCAUCAAGCUUUUCUGACACAAAGUUUGGUAAUGAAUGAAGAUUUCAGACACUUCCUCGAACAAAAGCGAAGUUCUGCGUAUUUUUCCUGACGUCUGCAAGACGUGACCAAGACGGCACGUUGUGUGUGAGAAGUGGAAUGAUGUUGAAGGAACGUUAGAGUUGUUCCCUCCCUCCAUCCAUCUGCCCCCUCCUCCUGAAGCCUAAAAUAAAAAGCGACGCACAACGCUGCGCCGAGUCGGAUGAGACGCGUCCCGGGACGUUACAGGGGAAUUUCACUGUCUGCAAAAUAGUUUUCUUUCAUCACCUGGAUCAAUCAAUAUGAGAGAGUGCAUCUCCAUCCAUGUGGGCCAGGCAGGCGUUCAGACUGGAAAUGCAUGCUGGGAGCUGUUCUGCCUGGAGCACGGCGUCGGUCCUGAUGGCGUUUUCCUGGACGGUCCUGUAGCUCCGAAUUGCCGUGAAGAUCCGUUCAACACUUUCUUCAACACUGGGAGUUUUGGUCGUCACGUUCCCAGAGCGCUCUUCGUCGACCUGGAGCCCACAGUGAUCGACGAAGUGAGGGUCGGGAAGUACAGAGAGCUCUUCCAUCCUGAGCAGCUGAUCUCUGGAAAGGAGGACGCGGCCAACAACUACGCUCGAGGACAUUACACCGUCGGGAAGGAGAUCAUCGAUGGAGUCAUGGAGCGUGUCCGGAAAAUGACGGAUCAGUGCACAGGCCUGCAGGGUUUCCUCGUCUUUCACAGCUUUGGAGGGGGCACCGGCUCCGGCUUCACCUCACUCCUAAUGGAGCGUCUCUCACUGGACUACGGCAAGAAAUCCAAGCUGGAGUUUGCCGUCUACCCAGCGCCCCAAGUUUCCACUGCGGUGGUGGAGCCCUACAACGCCAUCCUGACCACCCACACCACCUUGGAGCACUCUGACUGUGCCUUCAUGGUGGACAACGAGGCAAUUUACGACAUCUGCCGCCGCAAUAUGGACAUCGAGACUCCCGGUUACAUCAACCUCAACAGGCUGAUCGGUCAGAUCGUUUCCUCAAUCACCGCCUCGCUUCGCUUCGACGGCGCUCUCAACGUUGACCUGACGGAGUUCCAGACCAACUUGGUCCCGUUUCCACGCGUCCACUUCCCGCUGGUUACCUACUCGCCCAUCAUCUCGGCUGAGAAGGCCUACCAUGAGCAGCUGACCGUGGCGGAGAUCACCAGCUCCUGCUUCGAACCAACCAAUCAGAUGGUGAAGUGUGACCCUCGUCGCGGCAAGUACAUGGCGUGCUGCAUGCUGUACAGAGGCGACGUUGUCCCGAAGGAUGUGAACGCCGCCAUAGCUAAUAUAAAGACCAGACGCUCCAUCCAGUUUGUUGACUGGUGCCCCACUGGCUUUAAGGUGGGCAUUAAUUACCAGCCUCCGACUGCGGUGCCCGGCGGAGACCUGGCCAGUGUCCAGAGGGCGGUGUGCAUGCUGAGCAACACCACCGCCAUCGCUGAGGCCUGGUCCCGCCUCGACCACAAGUUCGACCUCAUGUACGCCAAGCGUGCGUUUGUUCACUGGUACGUGGGCGAAGGCAUGGAGGAGGGGGAGUUUGCCGAAGCCCGAGAAGACCUGGCCUGUUUGGAAAAAGAUUACGAAGAGCUGGGUCGGAUGAGCUCCGACUCUGAAGAUGAAGAAGUUUAAUAUCCAGAUAUUUCUAAAUAUUUUCCAAGUUGGAGCUAAAUAGAAAGUAUUAGACCCUUGUAAAGUAUUACUUUUCCAAGCCUGUUGUUUGAAAAGGCACAAAGUGAAACCGGAUUUUAAUUGUACUUUGAAAUGAACUGAAAUUUAAUUUUGUUUAGCAGGAACACAAUGAGAUGCUGCUUAACAUAAUUUACUUCUAAUCCCACUAUUGUCUUUUUUAAAAAUUGUAGAAAAUGUAAACUAAAACCACACAAGAUACUUCAUAGUUUAAAGCCUACAACACUGUUACUCAUUACUUUCGUAUUAAAUCUGUUUUUUGAGGGGGAAAGUAUGUACCACCUCUGUUUUUAAAUGUCUUCUUUUUGCUUUUAUAUCACAUUUAAAUCAAGUUUAAUUUUAGACUAAUUCAACUUAAAUGAAUACAAAAAGUUAUUUUAAAUGAUGAAUUUAUUUAUUAAUGAGGGGGAAAAACUCUUAUGGAAGCGCUUAACUGCCACAGCUAAGAAAUUAAUGCAAAAGCAGUAUCUCUUGUGAUAAGGAGAUUUAAAAAUACAUCCCCCUUAUACCGUCUUACUCUUUCUUCUAAAUCAAGGGUUUCCAAAAAAUUUCAAUACAGCCCCAUAAACACUAUUAGCAUCUGGAGGGGUCACCCCUUUUGCUACAAAAUAUUUAAAGAAAUAUGAACUUUUCUCAUAUAUAUUCCCCAUUUUAUAACUAUUACAUUCGUUUAACAUAAAUGCUGCCUCAUACUUUCUAAUUUUAGUUGGCAAUGAGUUCUUUCGGUUUUUGCAGACAGGCGUUUCCAUUUCGCGCUUGCUAGCUUAACGACGAGCAAAGCAGCUUGAUACGUUUAACUGGCAGCCAAUCGGAAAGAUGA